AUGGCUGCUGGAAGGUUACUGCUGUAUGCUGGCCUCUCUUUAGCUCUGUGUGCCCUGGGCAUGCUGGCUGUGGCAAUCUGCUCUGACCAUUGGUACGAAACUGAUGCCAGGAAGCACAGAGAGAGGUGCAAGAGCAUCACCACUAAGAGAAAUGAUCCUGGCUUCAUUUAUAACUCCAACAACAACCUGCCUCUCAGGGCCAGCAGGUCUAGGUUGGACCGCUGGGAAGGGAAACUCCUCUUGGCAAGAAACAGGAGGCAGAUCUUUGCUAUGAGCGCAGUCGACGAGUGCAACAGACAGUACAACUCGACCAACAUGGGGCUCUGGAGGAAAUGCCACCGACAAGGAUUCGACCAAGAGCUGGAGGAGCUGAUUGCCAAAGGAGCAAUUGAGCGGUGCACAUACAUCAAGUACCACUACUCCUCAGCGACCAUUCCCAAGAACCUCACCUACAACAUCACCAAGACAAUCCGCCAGGAUGAGUGGCAUGCCUUGC